GUGCCAACUGCAAUUGGGCAGCGGGUAGGGCUUGAAAGCGGCACUGGUACCUUCUUCACUGAGAGGAAAUUAGAAAUUAGGUCAGACGGACUUGUUCGCAGCCUAAGAGCAUUCCGCCUAAACGGACAUUAACACGGGAGGUUGACAGCGCUCCUGCUGAGACACAGGAUGGCUGCACUGCGUCAUCUCAAGCAGUGCCACUCGAGGGGCAUUGCUAUCUCUCAGUUUCACACAAGCAGUCAUGCCUCUGCCAAACAGCAUUACAAAAUGCUUGUGCUGGGAGGAGGAACUGGCGGUAUCACAAUGAGCUCCCGGAUGAAGAGGCUGGUGGGAGCAGAGAAUGUAGCUGUGGUGGAGCCCAGCGAGAUCCACUACUAUCAGCCAAUAUGGACCCUGGUUGGUGCUGGUGCAAAGACUGUAGCGUCCUCAAGCCGUCCCACUGCGAGUCUUAUGCCAUCUGGAGUGAAAUGGGUGAAAUCUAAGGUUCAGGAAAUUGACCCAGAGACAAAUACUGUACGCACAGAUGACGGGACUGAAAUCUCGUAUGAAUAUUUGAUUGUGGCGCUUGGUUUAGAGCUCCAUUAUGAGAAGAUCAAAGGACUCCCAGAGGGGUUUGAGCACCCAAAAAUUGGCUCUAACUACUCUGUCCAAACUGUGGAGAAAACGUGGAAAGCAUUGCAGGAUUUCAAAGAGGGCAAUGCUGUGUUCACUUUCCCAAAUACUCCUGUGAAAUGUGCUGGAGCGCCACAAAAGAUCAUGUACCUGUCAGACGCCUACCUCAGGAAGACUGGCAAAAGAGCAAAAGCCAAUGUGAUCUAUAACACAUCGUUGCCUGUGAUCUUUGGGGUAAAGAAAUACGCUGACUCACUGUGGGAGAUUGUGAAAAAGCGUGACCUACAGAUUAACCUGAGGCACAACCUGAUUGAAGUGCGCGCAGAUAAGCAAGAAGCUGUGUUUGAAAAUCUUGACAAACCAGGGGAAACCAAAGUUAUCGAGUAUGAAAUGCUUCAUGUUACACCGCCAAUGGGACCCAGCUCGGUGAUUAAAGGCAGUCCGUUGGCCGACGAGAUCGGCUGGUUGGAUCUGAACAAAGAAACUCUCCAACAUACCAAGUAUCCAAACGUGUUUGGGAUCGGAGACUGCACCAACCUUCCCACAUCCAAAACUGGAGCAGCUGUCGCGGCACAGUCUGCCGUCUUGAGCCGAACUAUCAGCAAAAUAUUGAAAAAAGAAAAACCAGAUAAGAAGUAUGAUGGGUAUACUUCAUGUCCCUUGGUCACAAGCUACAACACAGUAAUCCUGGCAGAGUUCGACUACAACGGACAACCGCUGGAAACAUUCCCCUUCAACCAAGCCAAGGAGAGGCGAUUAAUGUACUUCAUGAAAGCAGAUGUGAUGCCUCACCUCUAUUGGCAUGGCCUUCUUAGGGGGCUGUGGGGCGGACCGGGACCUUACAGGAAAAUCAUGCAUCUUGGGAUGAAAUGAAACCUCAUCUUCAGUUUGAAUCUGAAAGGAAAUUCAUUGUGUAAUCAUCUACCCAAGGGUGGACACGCAUAUGGAUAAAGGAGUAAUGUGAAUGUUUUGAACAUCAUGAUUAAUCGGUCUCACAGAAAAGCUCAUUUAAGUAGCGUUUUUGAUAUUACUGUGGAAUUAAACGACUGGAGUGAUGGAGUGGGUCUAAACUGCUCAUAGAUCAGCUGGGUUUUUUUUUUUUGUUUUUUUUUUUGCUAGCUUCAUUGUAUUAAAACAAAAAAAAAUAUCCUAUAAUCAUUAAAAUGACUGAAGCUUAUGAAACCUCACGUCAGACUGUUAUUGCAGGAUAAUAUGAAACAACAAAUGAAUUGUUUUGUUAUUGCAUUAAUUAUUACUUCAUAAAAUUACAAUAUUGGACUUUAAUGAGCAGCUUUGAUUUGAAAUGGUUAAAUCUGAAAAGCGGUUUUCAGACAUGGGAGGCCAAAAUUUAAUUGCACACAUGUGUAAAAUUGCCCGUAUGUCCUCUGAAAUAAGAAUAUGAUAGGCUCUCAGAUGAAGACACUUUUGCAUAAUCUGAAUAAUCUGUUUUACCUGAUCACUAUCAAUAGACUUUGAUGUGUACUUGUAUAAAAGUUGGAUUUAAUUUGCAAAAUCCAGAGACCUGGGUCACUGGAUUCAAACAGACUACUCUUUAUUCCUCUCUCUGCAUGUUAAAGGUCAUCAGCAGGACUACACUUCUUAUUGCAAACUGGCAGAAUAUGUCUUCAGUUCGUGAUCACCUUUCCAGCAGCAGUUUAAUGUCAACGUUAAAAACAUCAAUAAAUGUCGGAAACUUGCAGGGA